CGACAAUUCGUCGACAAUUCUCCGGGAUUAGACAUUCGCCGAAAUAGUAAUGACUACUGGAACCAGAAGUGUCUCGUACGGCUGCGGCCUUAUAUUGUAGUUCUAGCUUUGGGGAGCUUGAUUCAUUCAAAAGCCUGAUGUUGGAAGCACCUCUCUGGCAAAUUCCUUUCAUCCUCACUCUCAUCUCACUCGACCACUCUCAACGUCUUUCAUCUUGACAAGCGCACCCUCCUCUCUCCCAUUGCGCAAUACCCAGACCGAAUCAAUCUCUAUUACCCCCUUUCACAAGAUGGCAUCAGACAUGAAGGCGACGGUUGAGCCCACCAAGAAGGGCUUCUCCGUCUGCGGUUAUGAGAAGAUCGAGUACGACUUCGAGUUCCUCGAUGGCGUUUUCAACAAGCAGAACAGUCAGCUGGCCGACUGUUACUCGCGCUGGAAGCGAUGCUUGGCUGUCAUGGACCUCAACAUCUUCAACAUCUACGGCAAGGAGAUGAAGGAAUACUUUGACCACUACAACAUUGAGCUCAAGAUUCAUAAGACCAUGAUUGGUGAGAAGGCCAAGUCCAUGGAGACGUUGCUGAGCAUCGUCGACUCCAUGACCGAGUUUGGUGUCUACCGCAAGGAGCCUGUUCUUGUUGUUGGAGGUGGUCUGGUCACAGACGUUGCAGGCUUCGCAUGCGCCGCCUACCGCCGUAACACGCCAUUCAUCCGCAUUCCCACAACAGUCAUUGGCCUGAUCGAUGCUUCUGUAUCCAUCAAGGUCGCUGUCAACUACGGCAACUACAAGAACCGUCUGGGCGCGUACCACGCACCAACCCACACAUUCCUCGACUUCACUUUCUUGCGAACUCUUCCCACCGCCCAGAUCCGCAAUGGCUUCGCCGAGCUGAUCAAGAUCUCUACUUGCGCCCAUCUGGAGACUUUCGACCUGCUUGAUCGUUUCUGUGAGGAGCUGAUCAAGACUGGUUUCGGUCGCACUGAUGGAGCUAGCAAGGAGGUCAGGGAUGCGGCUGAUAGGAUCAACCGCAAUGGUAUCCACGAGAUGUUGAAGCUUGAGACUCCCAAUCUGCACGAGAUCAUGCUUGAUCGUGUCAUCGCAUACGGCCACACUUGGUCACCCCUCCACGAGCUCUCCCCUGAUGUGCCUCUGCGCCACGGCCACGCCAUCUCCAUUGACAUGGCCUACUCCGCAACUCUGGCGCACGUCCUCGGAAAGCUCUCCUCGGAUGAGCAUCGCCGCCUGCUGAACCUCUUCUCCCGCGCCGGUCUCUCCAUGGACCACCCCCUCUUUGACGAGGACAUGCUCGAGAAGGCUACCUCUGCCAUCCUCAAGACCCGUGACGGCAAGCUCCGUGCCGCCGUUCCCUCACCUCUGGGUAACUGCGAGUUCCUCAACGACAUCUCCCACGAGGACAUGUGUGCUGCCCUCAAGGUGCACAAGGACCUCAUGAAGGAGUACCCCCGCCAGGGUGCCGGACUCGAGGCUUAUGUCGACGCCAGCGACACUGGUUACACGAUCAACGGCUCUUCCGUGGAGGAUGAGUCCCGCAAGUACAUGAACGGCGUCGAGCAGACCGUCACCCGCGACGAUACUAUCUCGUCCAACGGUUCUUCGACACCCGAGUAUGGCUUGUCAAAUGGCAAGAACUUGGACCAGGACAAGGCUACGUAUGCCGCUGCCGGCUUCGAGCCCGAGAUCCUGAAGAAGCUCAACGCUGAGGAGAUGAAGAGCUCCAGCACACAUGGCAAGGUCCACGUUGAUGAGGAGUGUUGCUAGAGCAGGCAUACCGAAAAGUUUUCCUUUGUAAAGCGGCGAAACGAGUAUUGUUAGGAUAAUUGCAUCAACUUAGGGGUCAUUAAAAACUCGAG